CAACCAGCAGCGGCUGUUGGCGGUUUAGUGAGAAACUAGCUGGCAGUCGGAUAGCACCGUUCCCUUCGCUUUCCGAAUUCCCAGCCACCUUUUCAGCCCUUUUUCCUUCGCGAGUGUCCCGAAAGCGUGUUACAUGGGCUGAAGGCCGCGUGUCCGUCGCGAGUGGACUUUCGUUUCGUUACUUUUGUUCGCCUUUUGCCGUCGAAGCACGAGAAUCAACAGCGAGCAGUCAACGUCGGUCGGUCGGUCGGUCGCCCGCCUCCUUCUCUUCCAACACAGCACUGACAGGGAGCACUGUUAUUUAGAAAUCAGCCGGCCGUCUGCGGAACGAAAGCUGCCGUUCCAUUAACAUAUUCACAGAGAACGAGUGAGCCUGAUUGUGAGCAGUCGGGGAGCGAAGCAAAAAGAUCUUCCUUAGUCGAGAUAAGCAGCUGGGAUGGUCCUAUUGGCGUCUGACUGGGGUAUGGGAGAGUCUGCCGCCGCCGAAAGCGCUGCCGUCAGCAACUACCAUGCAAGAAUCUCUGAAGGACGCACCGCCGACGCGGCCUCCACCUGGAACGGAAAGGAGAAGCCUGAGUUCCAGUCAGAGCCGCUCGAAGACGAGCUCGCCCUUUUGCCGUUAAAGAGUCAGGUCGGAGGCCACACCAGAUUGUUGGUGCUGAACCAAAGCACAAUCUGCAAGCCGCUCAACCCGCGUGAACUUAACUUUUACAAGAACACGCCAGAGGAAAUUGAGCGUUUUAUUCCGAAAUUCAAAGGUGUUAUGCAAGCUGCCAACAGCAGCGGACCCCUUGGCAAGUACAGCCCCAGCUUUCGAGACGUGGACAAUGGGAGCAGUUCAAAGAGGAAACGAGACAACCCGUACAGACUUAAAGUGAAGCGCAACAAUUCCAUCAGCAGCUCAAGCCAAGGAGCUCAAAUCGACAAUGGUGCCAAGCAAUCAUUCCUACUCUUAGAGAACAUAACCUCGCACUACAGCAAGCCUUGCGUGCUGGACCUGAAAAUGGGUACGAGGCAGCAUGGUGACGACGCGUCGGCCGAAAAAAAGAGUAAGCAGAUCGCCAAGUGCGCGGCCAGCACUUCCGCGACUCUCGGUGUCCGCCUCUGCGGCAUGCAGGUGUACCAAGCUGACACGGACAGCUACUCAAAGGAGGACAAAUAUUUCGGCCGCGAACUUGAUGAAGAGGGUUUCAAGAGUGCCUUGUUUCGCUUCUUCCACAAUGGUUUCCACUUACGAAGUGAAGUCAUCCAAGAAGUUAUCGCCAAAUUGGAGAACUUGCGCUCAGUGAUAGAGAAACAAAGUAGUUUCCGAUUCUAUUCCAGCUCUCUCCUGCUUGUCUACGAAGGUAUGGAGAAGUUGUCAGGAAUGUCAACGGCCGCGACCCUGCAGCCGUACACAAGUUUAAACAAGGACUCGUCGCUUCUGCACCCGUCGGUGGAGCACCGUUCACUGCGGUCGGCCACCUUUUUUGAGCAGGAGACGAGCAACUCGUCAGACUGCUUAUCGCAGUCUGACGAAAGCCGUGGCUGCUGCGAGGAGGAGCCGUCACUGCUGCAGCCACCGGCUGCAGGCAAGAACAGCUUCGUUCCGAUCUCGGAGGAAACGGUGUUCCUCAACUCGCAGCCAAGCGAGAACGGCACCGCCAACGCUGGACACCACAACUACAGCUCAAGCCCGAUGUCAGUGGACGUGUACUCGGGCAGCGACUACUCGCAGUUCACCGAGUCCUCUGAGUCGUCAGAUCUGGAAAUGAGCAACCAAAACUGGCGCAGGGCCAAUUCUCUGGGCGCGCAGGAGAAGUGGACGCCGCAGAAGGAGCUGCAACGUACGCGCAGCGCGCCGCGCGUUGAUGUGCGCAUGAUCGACUUUGCUCACACAACGUUUGGCGCCAGCUGCAACAACUCGUCGGUGCACCUGGGCCCCGACAAUGGUUUCAUCACUGGCAUCGACAGCCUGAGGCGCCUGCUGCGCGAGAUCCUUGCCGAGGCAUGAUGAAUCUUGGGUAGCCCCCUCCACCCUAUAAGACGAAUGUGACGGACGAUUGUCGCCCGCGAUCGUGACGAAUUGGAUUCCGACUGGUAGCUCGUGUUUUCUUCAGGGCAUCCCGGUGCUCGGAAAACAUGGAGACGAUGUGACAAAAGUUUUAUUUACGUAUAAUAGGUGAGGGUACUUUGUUUCCUCAGAGAGUGGGCCGGUGGUAGAAGUCAGAAUGUUGAUGAGUGUCUGAAAAUGAGCAGAACGUGUUUGAAACGAAAUUUUCUAGAUACAUGCAAUAUGCGCGGUUCGAUCGAGGGUUUUUCUUCAUUUUUUAUUUGUGAUCCUCCAAGAAUCCUAGAAUUUAUGCUUUGAACGUAAGCAAAUGGAAUUCGUUGUGAUUUAAGCUUAACGCCGCGAGCGCCGCAUUUGCCAAUUUUUCAUUAACAAAUCAAUUUUGACUGGAAUCAAAUAAUUUUCCUUCUGUGGGAAAUGCGAGCACCGCCGCGGUUUCUCGCGGCAUCAACGACUGAACAAACUUGAUUUUUAGAUGCCACGCAUCGAAUUACGAAGCGCGCAGUUGAAUUAUCUUCAAAGUUUGUAGCUCGUUUUCGAGUCUUGCAACAUAUUCCUCAUUUUUGGUGACGAACUCCUUUGACCUAUAUUGCAGCCCACCAGAAGGAUUAUAAUGAUUUAUUUAUUGGUUUGAAAGAGAGUAUUUUGUACUCAAUUUUCCAAGCUGCGCAUGGGCCCAGCUGAACGUGUGCGAUCGAUCGAUUUUAUUAGUAAACAAAAAUUUUAUUUUUCAAUCAUCGUAUAAAUCUGAAUGAUUUGGAUUUGAUGAAAGUGUCGUAAUGUAAUUAUUCUUAUUUUCGAAAGUGAUGCAUUUUUAUUUUUUCAACGUCAGCAUGUUAUGUCCGCGCGUAAAUGAGUUAGAAACUUAUGUUGUUUGUUCUUUUUUUUGCGAUGGAAAAUGCCCCCAACCACACAUAGUGAGUAAUUGUUAAUAGAUAUUUACAUUAAUUAUUGUCUUUCAAUCUCCCGUGACAAUCUGUGGUAUUACAUAGUACUGUAAUAAUUAUUAUAUAAAAUGUAACGAUAGACACACAAGAGAAUGGUUAACUAAGUAUAACGUAGCACACUGCCCAACAAACGUGAAUUUAAGUCAACAAAACCAAAUGCUAGAGCGGAAGAAUCUGGGUGCGAGAAGAGCAGCAUUUUCGGUCCUUGAUUACCUAUUACCCCUCCUCAAAUACUCUCCUAUUUGAUCGGGAAUAACUCGAAUUUCCUGCAGGACGAGUUUACACUUAACAUGUGUUUUUUAUUAUUCUUUUAAUAGAUUCCCUGAGUUAGGGACCAUAUUUGUUUACAAUUCAGUUUCAAACGUGUAUUUUAUUAAAUAACUAAAUCGUGCUCUUGUUUCUCCGGAGAUAGACUGUAUGGCUGUACUCAAAAAAGAUUUACAAAUUGCGAAAUAAAUGUGUGAUAUCUGCACAUGACCAAUGAAGCUAAUUCAUUUUCUGAGUUUUGAAUAUCUUAGUCCGGCUUCAUUGUUGUAUCCAAUACAUUUUCACCGCUUGAUUGCUUUGCAGACGACGUUAUAUACACGCACACACCCUCGUGUUGCGAGAAGUUUCCUCGAGAAAUCGAAACGCUUUGUGAGUGACCCGAACAUAUACAAAUCAAGCGAAGGGUCCAAAAGCGGAAUUUUGGCUCACGGUAUAAAGAAGCCGGUAGUGGCGAAUCUGAAGCUUUUCAGAUGCUUUAAACUUAAAAACGCAACCACAGCAUUCGGCCGGACCAAGCUCGCAUCACGCGUUUCUAUGAUAUUCAUGGAUUGAAUAGUUUUAUUUAUAAUGUGAAAUUGCGUCUGGCCGAAUGCUGCUGCUGCUGCUGCACUUUGCAUGGAGAUAUAUAUGUAUCGGUAUAUAUUGUAAAUUGUAAACUUGAUCUUGUCUCAUCAUCUGUAAAGGAAAGCAAUUAAACCACGUGUAGAGCUAAUUUUGCGAGUUAACUUGUCAAAUUAUAUAGAGGGCAUUAUCAUCAUCCUACAAUAACGAAGAUCAAGACCGCGACAAAUGUAUAGUGAGUACUCUGCCUCAUUAAACUAAUGAAACUGAGAGAAUAACAAAAAUUAAUUAACAAUGUACACACUUAGUGAAACAAACGUUUAAUUAUACAUACUACCGUAUUGACGAACUGGUGUAACUGAUAAUGUGACUGAUAAUGCCUACACUUUAAUUGAACGUGUAGCAUGUAAAUAGGAGAUGCGUUCUGAUGGUGAAAACAAAAGAAUUUAAAAUCGUAUAUAUAUAUUCGCUAACGAUGUUCAAAUUCCUCCUUUCGUGCGUUUUCCGAAAACAAUGUUUGGAUUUGCCUGCUCUUUUCAGCCGUUUUCAAAAAUGGAGCUGCUCUGUUUUAUGUCUGCAGUAGUGUGUCUAAACAAGCGGAUGGACAAACUGUAACUCACUGUCCUCUCAACGUGACUGAUAUAUAUUAAAUUGUAAACCGAAAAUAAUUUAACUAUUUCCUUGUGUGCAGUCACAAUUACAAAUACUCUGUAAAUACCGGUAAAAUACAAUAAAGCGCUCUCCGCAGGGGAGAAUUAAAUGAAAA